AUGUUGCCGAAAUCACUCCUUCACGACUCUGCUCGUAUGGAUAUCGCUGUUAUACUGGACAAGGUCGGGAAUCCUGUUGGCGACAUUCGCAUCCUGAUCACCAUGAAGACUGCAUUCAUCCUGAUCUCGGUCUUGGCUGCCUUCGGCCACGCCUCGGUGCUUCGAAGCUCCUCAGUGGAGCGAGCGCCAGCCACUGUUCGUGUGAGCGGAAGCCGAUCCUCUCUUGAGCCCCUAAAGCUCACUGUAAAGGCAUUUAACGAGGAGCAUAAGCUUCGUCUGCACCCUGCACCCUCGCCCCUGGCUGCAGAAUUCAAGCUGCAGACAACCACACGUGACAGUCAAGGACGAGUGGUGAUUGAAGACGCACCACAUGACUCGGUGGUUCCCGAUCUGUACCACGACCCGGAUACCGGCGCCGUGGUCUCCGUGGACGGCACUCAGGUGGAAGGCCUGAUAACGCCCACACUUGCCAUCAAGGCAAACGCUGAUGGAACUCACCAGGCACAGCGACAGUACGAAGCUGAAGCCGGCGCUUAUAACGACUACUUGGAAAUUCCCGCCGAAGUCCGUCAGUAUCAAGCCCAGCCGAAAAGUAGCCGAGGUGCCCUCAGUGUCACAGCUGAGCUCUAUGUUAUAGUGAAACGGUACCUGUCCGUGUUCUGGAACGGAGUCAACAAGAGGUUUGCUACCAUGAGUGACCCUAAGGUCAAUCUGGUUCUAUCUGGAGCUCUCAUUGUCCGUGACUCAGCUGACGAGACUUACAUAAAUGAUAAUGUCCUUCUGGAAAACUACAUCCAUGGAGAAAAUACCCUUAGCUCAGUCAGCGAUUGGCUGUUCCAGAAGAAAGCUUCACUGCCUGCUUAUGAUGUGGCCUACCUAAUGACGGGAAAGGACAUGGCUGAUGUUGAAUCUGGCAUGAUUAAGGAGGGCUUAGCUGGCAUUGCCUGGAAAGGAGCCGCAUGCGUUGUGGCCAGCGGUAACAAGCGUUCUUUCAACACUGGUAUGGGUGAGGAUAUGGGUGCAUACUAUGUGGGCGUGAUGACUGCCGCCCACGAAGUAGCACAUAAUCUUGGUUCUCCUCAUGAUGGCAAAGAUGGAGCUGAAGCUUGUUCGUGGGACGACGGCUACAUAAUGAGCUACGUUCCAGGCAAAGCCAACAAGCUGUUCUUUUCCUCGUGUUCACAGAAACUGAUGAAGGACUAUAUGUCCAGUGGCGACGCUGCCUGCCUUCAGACGACCCAAGUAGGAGAGAAAAUCCCUCUCUCUUCCCAGCUGCCAGGUGAAGUCGUCUCCAUGGACGAACAGUGCCAAAAGCAAACUGGCAAGUCGGAAGCCUAUGCCUCGAAAUCCGUGUCUGAGGACUCUCUGUGUGUCCAGCUCGUAUGCCAGUGGCAGGUGAAGGAUGGCUACAGCAUCUGGACCUACACCCAGUCGACAGGACGUCCAGCUGCCGAGGGUUCCGUAUGCAGGAGUGGCGGUGUUUGUAACAACGGUUCCUGCCAAUAG